AUGCCACUCCCACUAAUUCCCAUUGCUGCUGCUGCGGUCGGCGGGUAUGCUGGAUUUUCAGCUCUUGCUGCGGCUGGAUUCACUGGCGCUGGAAUCGCUGCUGGAUCAGCUGCUGCAGGGUGGCAAGCAGGUAUUGGCAAUGUCGUCGCUGGUAGUACAUUUGCUUUUCUUCAAUCUGCUGGUGCAACUGGAGUAGGCGCCGCUGUUGGAAGUGCUAUUGGUGCUACUACUGGUGCUGUUGGUGGAGCUCUCGCAUCAGGAGCUUCCGCUGCCGGACUGACCUCUGCCGCUACAGCAGCUGGAGCAGCCAUCUCCUCAGUUGCCACCGCCACUGGUCUCGCUGGAGCGACUGCUGGAGUGGUCUCCGGAGCAACCGCUGCCGCAAGUGCAACUGGUGCUGCUCUCACUGCCGCGGCAACGUCUACAAGUGUUGCUGGAGCACUAACAUCGACUGGCGCUGCUAUUUCUGCCGCUGCUACUUCUACCGGAGUUGCCGGAGCUCUUGCAUCGACUGGAGCCGCCAUUUCAGCUGCGACUGCUUCCGGAGCUGCUGCAACUGGCGCCGCUGCUUCAGCCGCCGCGGCUGGAACUGCUGCUGCCGCUAGCACUACUGCGACUGCUGUUGGGACUGCUGCUGCUAGUGCGGCUGCUACUUUCGCGGCGAUCGUUUUGUAA